GGUGGUUCGCCGAAGAGUCGAUCGGAUUCAUUGGGCGCCGGAUUUCUCGAAUGGAUCGCAAACAAUGAGUUCAUAUCGAAAAUGGCGGAAAAGGCGAAGAAUUCGGUGGACACUAUGAUCACUACAUUAGAUCCGGGAAUGAAACCAAUCAUAUAUUCUGGAGGAGAUAUCAAUGUUAUGGUGACGUCCGAUAAGGAGUCGAAGAUAUCUCCGAUCAGAGAGUCGUUUCAGCGGGUGUUCGGUCGGGCGACGGUCUCCGGCCAUUCCGCGCAAUCCCUGAGCAUCGCUUCCCAACCCAUCGGUUUUGACAACGGCUUCAGAGCAGCCAAAGAGCGCAUCCAAACGCUACGAAUGGACACGAGUUCUAUCGCUCGGAAUCAAGUGAUUGUUUCCAUUGAGAACUUCAUUGUCGACAUCAAUGGCGAUAAAUGGUAUGACGUCGGAUGUCUUGUAUUGGACGACCCGGUGAUGGGAAUAAACAUCGAGGUCUACACCCAAAUGACUCCAAUACCCAACGAAUGCGUUAAUCAAAUGCGAUUCGAGACACCAACUGAUUACCCGUUAAAGAGCACCGGUUAUAGCGUUACUGUCGGCGCAGUUAUGGCACAAAAACUGAACGUUUCUCCCGAAGAAUGGCAUCAAUCGUGGGUUGGAAUCAGCCGUAAGGAUAUCAUACACCAGUCUGCCAACGCUUUGGCCAAUCUUUAUAAGAAUCGUUUGUUGAGAUAAAAUUGUUUUAUAACUAAUUAUUUAUUUAUAUUUUAAUCAUUUGUUUUGCUAUUCAUUCAAAAUAUCUAAAUAUAUGUUUUAUGGUUUCCAUUAAUUUAUACAAAUAAAGCCAAUAAAUGGAUAUUUUUUACUAUAA